UGAUUCUAGAAGCUACCAAAGCUGCAAGCUCGUUGGUCGCACGACUUCUCUCCCUCACUCUCACUCUUGUUUUUAAGGAGAAAAUCUUCCAUCGAAGCUCUGAUUUUAAUCGGAACAUAGAGAGAGAGAGAGAGAUGGCGAAGCGUUUGAUUCCGAGUCUGAAUCGAGUUCUGGUUGAGAAGAUCGUCCCUCCUACGAAAACCACCGCUGGUAUUCUCCUCCCUGAGAAGACCAACCAGCUGAACUCAGGGAAAGUGGUAGCAGUUGGACCUGGGACACGAGACAAGUCAGGGAAUCUCCUCGAAGUCUCUGUGAAGGAAGGGGAAACUGUUCUCUUGCCUGAUUAUGGUGGCACUCAAGUCAAACUCGGUGAUAAAGAGUACCAUCUUUAUAGGGACGACGACAUUUUGGGAACUCUACACGAUUGAUUAAUGAUUGGAAAAUUUGAAGGGUUUUGGGUUUAUUUUCUGUUGUAUUAGAGGACUUCAUGUUCUAUGCAUGAUAUGCCUCCAUUGGAGAGCCUGAAUUAAAUUAAAUCAAUUGAAGCAAUUUUGAUAAAUGCCAU